GUUGUUAGCUAUGUGGAACCCACAAACGAGAAGUGGUGUCACUUAAAGCUAAUUGGGGCAAUUCUAUGUAACCCCAAACAUGUAUAAUUUGAGUAAAUCCUGGUAUUCGCCCACACAGAGCAAAGCUUUCUGCGCGAGCAAGAACAAUGUACGACGCCUAAAUUGAAUAUCAAACCGCUGAUAUCUCAACAAAGGAUUAGCAGAUUUGUUUCAUAUUUUGCACACUAUCUGAAUCGAACCAAUUCGGUGUCACUGUAUAUAAUCAUAUCAGUUUAAAGUUGAGUUAAAAAUAGCAAUUGUACAAGCAUUGGAAUAUAACACAUUAAUUUCAUCAUUCUCAGCCACUUCAUUUCAACACAGAUUGUGUUUACUGUAUGCGUGAAUGCAUAUCGUUCACUUUGAUACUGAAAUAAUAAUUCAAUAACACAGCUCUACAAUAUCAGACAGAAUUCCUACUUAACCUAAAUACUGGCUUUUAAUUACCAACUGACGAUAAAUUCCGUAUUUGUUAAAUCAUGGAGUUCUUAACUAACCGGGGCCAGUUAAUAGGAUAUAUGUGUAUUGGUAUGCAAAAAACCUUGACCCUAGACUGACCACCAAGCUUAAUUCCUGGGUGUAUAUAUCAAACUACACUCACUGAUCUCGGGUAUCAAAAAGCGGAAUGGAAUUAGCUUUGGGAACGUCUGUGUGUUUACUUCACAACAGAGAAUUGAGACAACUUUUGAUAUCCUUGAUUUCGUUUUGUUGUUGAGAUAUGAUAUGAAGCAGGGAUAAAGUAGAUUAUCAGAAACAUCGAACAAAUGAUCAAAUUAACUGGAACAAUAGAAUAUGGGGGAUUUGUGGUCGAUAAGGAUUUAUAACAUUCAUAAAUCUGUGCAGGAUUCCUUUGCAGAUAGAACAUGAACGUUGCUAAUACUAUUUCUACAACUGAGAUUUUAGCAGAUAUUAUUAUUGAAUAUUUAAUAUCCGGUAAAGCAGCUAGUAACCAGCGCCCUGGGGUUAACUAUUACCAAGCUGCUUCUGAAAUCUAAGUCUAGAACCAUCACUAUAGUUUGAUUUUACACACUAAGGGUGUUACAAAUUAUUCAUUGAGGAGUUCAGCCUCAUGAGUUACAUUAUUAUAUUGGUAAAUUCCGACUUACUAAAGCAAACCAUGGAUUGAUUAUGUAGAUGCUUAAAAGCUAUGGUAGACGAGCCGUGCAUGGAUUGCUGAGUACACGAUAUGCAUCGCAUGCUACCAUUAUAUAUUGGUUUUACUAAUUUUGAACUCUACUGGGUGUUAUUGGCUUGUCUGAUGGAAUCAUUACUGUAAACCACUAUAAAUAAUGAAGAGUAAUUUAAUUACAACCCCUUCGAUCAGUGAUUAAUUGCAGCUACAACUGACCAAAGAUGACCCUUGGUCAUUAAAUGUGACAGAAAGUGUUGCCGGUUGAAGAUCCGGAACUAUUGAGCGUGUCAAACACUGUUUACGAUCUACCAUAGUUUGUAGGCACUGCUGACUGGUAAUCAACUUAAGUCUUGAUUGAUAUCUCGUCUAAUAUAAAAAGUUCAACUUGUUUGGGGUUAUAGGCGUACCAGAGUUUGUUCUCAGUCGUCGCAGUUGUUCGUUAGUUUAAUGUUAAAGCUAAUCAUGUGCUGUGGACUAUUAUCCAGUGUUCUGCUUGUACUUACUGUUGGUUCCGUGAACAUGUCCAGUGAAAAGAUGCUCAUCAGGACAUUAUUGGAGGAAUAUGCUGAACGAGGGAAAAUGGGGAGACCUGUAGCUCAACAGAAUGAUACCUUGGUAAUUAGUUAUGGGCUAAGUUUAAUCCAGAUUCUAGAUCUUGAUGAGAGGAACCAGGUUUUAUCUACCAAUGUUUGGGCCACUUAUAACUGGAAUGAUAUGUAUCUUAAGUGGGAUGCGGAUAAUUACAGUGGUAUUCAUACAAUCAGAGUACCAACAGAAGAUAUAUGGAUGCCAGAUAUUAAACUUUAUAAUUACGCUGAUACCAGGUUAGAAGAGAAAAGAGAAGCCUUGGCUGUAUUAUCUAGUGAUGGUACUGUGGUGUGGAUACCACAAGCUGUGUUUAAAAGUUCUUGUUCAAUUGAUAUCAGACAUUUUCCUUUUGACGUCCAAACCUGUAAACUUAAGUUCGGAUCUUGGACUUACGAUGGAUCUAAGUUGGACUUACUGUUUAUGUACAAUCUGACUGGAUUUGAGAUGACGGAUUAUAUCGAUAGUAAUGAGUGGGAAAUAAAGGAGUCCAGUGCUAAGAAAACUACAAAAUAUUAUCCCUGUUGUCCUGAACCAUACGUUGAUCUGACAUUUACUCUGAAAAUCAAACGUAAAGUUGCCUUCUAUAGUUAUAUUCUUAUAUUGCCUUGUCUUCUGCUUUCAUCUCUAACAUUGGUACUCUUUUGGCUUCCCCCUGAAUCUCCCGCCAAAAUGCAACUUGGUAUGAAUAUAUUUGUGGCGUUUUUUGUGCUGUUAUUACUAUUAGCUGAAUCUACGCCACCUGCGGCUUCUUCCAUACCUUUAAUUGGUGCAUAUUAUUGCUUGAAUAUGAUCUUGAUAACACUGUCUACUCUGUUGUCCGUAGUCGUUGUUAACAUGUAUUUCCGUGGUUCUAGAACUAGAGUACCAAGAAUUUUUAAAUCCUGUAUGAUGGAAGUCUUUGCUCGAGUUUUUUGUAUGAGAAAUCAACUUGUGGAUGAAAAUUUAGAAAAAAAUACAAAUGCCUUUGUCGCUUAUAACAACAAAGACAAGAACAAACAUUCUGAGUUUAAGUACGACAGGGUGGGGUGCUUUGAAAUGCAAACUGAAGAAUCGUGGCGAGUGUUAACGAACGGAACACCUCAGGUACUCAACACUGAUCCCGAGAAUCCAUUCGAGCGCCCCUUCAGCACCUUGCCACGCGCUAUCUCUAAUCUUGAAAAGGAGAUUAAAGACAUUAAGGAUUAUCUUAAAGUGAUUGUGGACAAAUCUCAGGAUAAGGAAGCGAAAGAGAAAGCCGCCAGAGAGUGGAAGAACGUUGCCCUGGUGCUUGAUCGUUUGUUUUUCUUUCUGUACUUAAUUGCGAUGAUGGCCUCCGCAUUCACAAUAUUUGAAACAACGCUCAUGCAAGAGACUUAAAUCAAGAUGCAUUCGCUUAGUGAAAGGGAAUCUGAAAUAUGAAAAAAGGGAUAAUGUACUUUAAAAUGCGAUUAUACAUAAUUUAUUAUAAACGGUAAAAACUGGUUAAGUUUAGUAAAUUGUAUAUACAUAAUUACUGAUCAAAUUACUCGAGUGUCAAUACAUAGUGAAAUAUAUAGUUAAAACAAACACUUUUUUUGUGUAUGACAAAGUUUACAUUGAAGGUGAAAUAUUGGACUUAUGGGAAUGCUUAUUGGAAGGAUAUGAAGUAACAAGGACGUGUAAAAAUCAGAGAAUUGGUAAAGAAUCGAAUCAUCCAAUCUGACUGAUGAAAAUGAACAAUUUCGCCUUUGCUUGUGCGGUGUUGAUAUUCUGACUAGGAGUGAAGCGCGCGGAAUAUUAUAGUGGGAUAACAAACUCCCAAACUCAAAUUAUUCAAUUCGAAUUGAAUACUGUGUAUAUUUCUAUUUUUAUGAGAUUUAGAUUAGAGUUGCUGUUGUGUUAUUAUAUAGUUAAAUGUCGACAUGCUUUAUUUAAUUAUAUUUCUCUAAUUACUAUAUUAAUAAAUUAAAGACCCACAAGUCAGACACGAAACGUGUAUAUUUUAAAUCAUCUUUACACAGUAUCUAUAUUAUAUUAUCUGCUAGUAGUUUAUAGUCCUUUUCAAAACGUCCCAUAUCCCUCUUUAAGAAAAAGAACCAAGCAUGACACCGUCGCCACCAUCUUGGAAUUGGGGAGUCCAUCAAUGAUGCACAGAUACAAACUUGGAACGUUAUAUAUCCUUUAGUAGAGUGUUGUCCCCAACAACAAGAACAACACGUCG